UUGGUUAGCCUCGGAAACAUUUUCCAGUAGCUACUAGUAAGUAUAUAGAAUGGAUUAGAUCAAAGAGUCUUCUUCACUCUUCAUAACUUUCAACUCGGUCCCAAUACACUUGGAAAAACCGUCAAAUUGCUCGCGUUUACUGUGACUAUGGCGGCUUCUACAUCCAUCCUCCGCCUUAAGCUGCCGUCAUUCCUCUCCAACGCAUUCCUCAGCCAGCGCCGCUUCAUCUCAGCCGCCGCUUGCCGCCAACAAAGCCCUAUCAGUGCCAGGAGGCAGCACCAGCACGAGCACCAACCUCAUAAGAACCUAACAAGAGCCCGCGAAACCUUCAAGAAGCAAUUUUCGUCUCUCUCUCCGCUCCUCUCUCAGGACGACAAUCCUCCGCUGACCGAAAAUCAGGCAAUCGGCACCGUCGCUUCCGCGCAAGCCAAUUUCAUGCGCGUUGUUGUCAAUUCCGAUUCCCAGGAAGGGGGUUCCAGAAGCUCUGGAGUGGAGCUGCUGUGCGUGGUGAGGGCUGUGCUGAAGAAGAUUAAGAGGCGAGUGCUUGUUGGGGAUAAGGUUCUGGUAGGAUCGGUUGACUGGGUGGAUAGACGAGGAAUGAUUGAGAAUGUGUUUCAGCGGAAGAGUGAGAUUCUCGAUCCUCCCGUGGCCAACGUUGAUCACCUUCUGGUGCUGUUUUCUUUUGAACAGCCAAAAAUUGAGCCCUUCACUCUUACUAGAUUCCUUGUUGAGGCUGAAUCUACUGGAAUUCCCCUCACGCUUGCAUUGAAUAAGGCAGAGCUCGUCCAACAGACGACACUGGCGGAGUGGAAAUCUCGGCUUCACGGUUGGGGCUAUGAAGCAGUUAUUUGCAGUGUCGAUACUAAACAUGGACUGGAUACACUGCAAUUCAUUUUGAGAGACCAGACGACUGUAAUUGUUGGUCCCAGUGGUGUUGGUAAAUCGAGUUUGAUCAAUGCUUUAAGAGGCAAUGGAAGUGUUCCUCAUGAUGACAGUUCAUUUGAACCUAUUUUAGGAAGCAAGUGGCUUGAAGAGCAGCGUGUUGGGGAAGUGUCCACAAGGAGCGGCAGAGGAAAACACACUACUCGAAAUGUGUCAUUGCUUCCAUUAUGUGGAGGUGGAUACCUCGCUGAUACCCCGGGAUUUAACCAACCGAGUUUGCUCAAAGUAACAAAACAAUCCCUUGCACGAUGUUUCCCAGAGAUCCAGAAAAUGUUGAAAGACGGUGCACCUGAAAAAUGUUCUUUCAGCAAUUGUUUGCAUCUUGGUGAACCAGGAUGCAUUGUGAAAGGGGACUGGGAAAGAUACGCAUUCUACCUCCAAUUUCUGGAUGAGAUUAAAAUUAGAGAGGAGUUCCAGAUGCGGACAGUCGGAACUAAAAGAGAGAGUGGUGUGAGGGUCAAGGUUGGCGAAUUGGGUGUUAAGCGAGUUGAGCCAAGAUUGGAAACCAAGAAACACAGGAGACAAUCUCGCAAGAGAAUUAACCAGUCUAUACUGGAUGAGUUAGAUGAACUCUAUGAUGAUGAUGACGAAGAAGAAAUAGCUGAUAGUGAAAAUCCUAUUGUCAGGACAGUAAUUUCUAUCAUGAAGGAAGAACUCGUGUUUCAGUCGAAGGAAGACCAAGAAUGUUUUAUGAAGAGUACAGUGAAUGCAUACAUAAGAUCAAGCAUUUUACAUCACAAAAAUGGAAGGCGGGUCCACGAGACAGCUGGAGAUUGGUCUUCGUCGUUAUUUAGGUGUAAAAUCAAAAUUCAAAGUAGACACCGUUGGUUUGAAGCUUUCAACAUGGAAGAGCUGCAGCAUGCUCAAUUCUCUAUAUGUGUGAUAUCUGUUACCAUUCGAUAG